AUGGCCUCAACCGGCAUCCCUGGUGCCACCCGAGAGCACCAGGUCCUGAUCCCUAAAAACUACCAGCAUGUCCUUGCUUUUCUUUUUGCCAUUCAAGAGAUCAACAAGGAUCCUGAUCUGUUACCCAACGCCACAUUAGGGUCCCAGAUUUUCGACAAUGCGUACAAUUCAUGGUGGACCACUUGGACCACGGUGGAUCUUCUCUUCCUCAGACAAGGAAAUCCACUCAAUUACCUCUGUGCCACUGAGGAGAAUACCAUGGCCGUCGUUGGGGGACUCACCUCCCAGAAUUCAAUUCUUAUGGCCAACAUCUUAAGUACUUACAAGGUUCCACAGCUUCACUCUUUUUUGAGACGUGUCCGCUUUAACAAUAACAUUGGAGAUGAAAUAUUUCUUGAUGAAAAUAGAGACUUAGCAAUAGGCUAUGACCUCAUCAAUUUGGUGACAUUCCCCAAUGAAUCCUUCCAGAGAGUCCACGUUGGAAGAAUCGAUUCCCAUGUUCCAGCUGGAAAAGAAUUCACCAUUAAUGCAAGUGCCAUUACGUGGAAUCCCAAGUUUCAUCAGAUGGUGCCAAAUUCUACCUGUGUUGAGAGCUGCCAUCCUGGACACAGCAUGCUUAUUCAGCAGGGAAAACAAAUGUGUUGCUAUGAUUGUAUUCCGUGCCCCUCAGGGAGGAUCUCAACACAAAAGGAUGCAGAUGAAUGUGAGCUGUGCCCAGAAGACCAGUAUCCUAACACGAAUCAGCACAAAUGUAUUCCCAAAGUAAUGACUUUCCUGUCCUAUGAAGAUGGCCUGGGAGCAGCUCUGACAUCUUUGGCUCUUCUCCUUUCCAUGGCCACAGUCGUUGUGAUGGGGAUCUUCAGGUUACACUCAAACACUCCCAUUGUCAAAGCCAACAACUGGAGCAUAACGUGUAUCCUGCUCUCCUCUCUGCUCCUAUGUUUCCUCUGCUCUUUCUUCUUCAUAGGAAGACCCAGGAAGAUGACCUGCCUUUUCAGGCAAGCUGUGUUUGGCAUCACCUUCUCCAUUGCUGUUUCCUGCAUACUGGCCAAAACGAUCACUGUGGUUCUGGCCUUUGUGGCUACCAAACCAGGGAAUAAGAUGAGGAAGUGGGUGGGAAGGAGGAUAGCAAUCUUGGUCAUGGUGGUUUGUUCUUUGAUUCAGAUUUGCAUCUGUGCUGUUUGGUUGGUGAACAAGCCCCCCUUUCCAGAAUUAGAGAAGCAUUCCCAAGUGGGCGAGAUCCUAGUGCAGUGCCAUGAAGGCUCAGAUGUCAUGUUCUACGUUGUGCUGGGCUACAUGGGUCUUCUGGCCAUUGUCAGCUUCACGGUGGCUUUCUUUGCCAGGAAACUGCCUGACAGUUUCAAUGAAGCCAAGUUCAUCACUUUCAGCAUGUUGGUGUUUUGCAGUGUUUGGUUGUCCUUCAUCCCCACCUACCUGAGCACAAAGGGAAAAUCCAUGGUAGCCGUGGAGAUCUUCUCCAUCUUAGCCUCUGCUUUUGGUUUAUUGAGUUGUAUUUUCCUUCCCAAGUGCUACAUUAUUCUAAUGCGGCCUGAAUUAAAUAAGAAGGAGCAAUUGCUGAAGCUUCUGGAUAUUCCUCAAGGGCAGUGCCAUGAAGAGCGCAUUACAAUAGUCCACCCAGGAGGUGAUCAUGGCAUGAGUGACCAUGAGCAGAGCCUCCUGAUGAAGGUAUGGGCACAACUGAUGCACAACUCGAAGCUGUACAAAGGGCCUCCUAGCCAUGACUGCCACCUGCUCUUCAAGGUGAAGAUCCCCCAAGUUGUGCACCAGAAAGGAGGAGAACUGGCAUCAUACCACACUGCCCACCCGCAAUCCCUGGAGCUGGUCUAG